CAGGAAGCAGACUUCAAUUUGCGAUCCCAUAAGUUGUUUGUUUUUUUAUGACAGCUGUUAAUAAUUAAUAAGCAAAUCAAAAAUACAUUUCUGUUAAGAAACGUACAGAGUUCUUUAGAAAUAUCUUUUAAAAUUUAUGUUCUGGUUUUAAAGUUGAUUCACAUCAUAUCCCAUUAAUUUGUUCCUCUUUAGAUACCUUUUGGAGUAAAAUGUCUAGGUUGUCUAGUAAUACCUCUGGUGAAGAAUGUUUUGACUUUCUUUUCAAAAUUGUUGUUAUUGGCGACUGCGGUAUAGGCAAAACCAGCUUAGUUCAACGAUUCAAAUCUGGAGUUUUUACUGAACGAUAUACCAAUACAAUUGGAGUAGAUUUUGCUAUGAAAACAGUGGUCAUCGAAGGAAAACAGGUUAAAUUACAGAUCUGGGAUACAGCUGGGCAAGAGAGAUUUCGAACAAUUACCCAAAGCUAUUACAGAUCAGCAAAUGGUGUCCUUUUAGUUUAUGACAUCACCAAAAGAUCAUCCUUUUUAAGUCUACAAAAAUGGAUGGAAGAGAUCCGGAGGUUUACAGCAAGUAAUAUAUCUUGGAUUCUGAUUGGAAAUAAAUGUGAUAUGGAUUCCCUCCGUGAAGUAGAACAAGUAGAAGCCCUGGCCUUGGCGGAGCUUAUUCCAGAAAUAGUAUUGGUAUUGGAAACAUCAGCAAAAGACAAUACAAAUGUAGAACUUGCUUUUGUAGAACUAGCAACUGAACUGAAGCAUAAGCAAGGUGGAAUAGGAAUAUAUGACACUGACCAGGAAGAAGUUUUUAACUUAAAUAACAAAAGAAUACUGCAGUCCACGAAACAAUGCUCAGCAUGUUCAAUUUAGUGUAUCUUAUAUGUAUGAACAAAGAUGUUUUACUUCUAGGAAACUGCCUUUUAUUGUUACAGUCUCAACAUAAAUUAAAAUUCUACCACUCAUAUCCUUUGAAAGAAACUUAAUUUUGACUAUAUAUUUGUACGAUACUUUUUUUAGAGUUCAGAAACUUUGGGCGUUGCGAUUGAACAAAAUUAUUCUCGUGUAAACUUCGAUUUCCCGUUUUAUAAAAAAACAAGUAUUUGACUACAUUGUAUUAAUAAACCGAAAUAUUCUUAA